GUGGAGCUGGACUGGCCAUCAUGGAGGAGGAGCUGCAGCACACACACUGUGUGAACUGUGUCAGUAGACGGUGCAUGACCCGGCCGGAACCUGGGAUAUCCUGUGACCUGAUUGGUUGCCCAUUGGUUUGUGGAGCAGUUUUCCAUUCAUGUAAAGCUGAUGAACAUCGCCUUUUAUGUCCCUUUGAGCGAGUACCUUGUUUAAACAGUCACUUUGGAUGUCCAUUUACAUUGGCGCGAAAUAAAGUUGCUGAACAUCUAGAAUCAUGUCCCGCCAGUGUGGUGUGCUGCACGAUGGAGUGGAACCGCUGGCCAGUUAGUUACGCAGACCGGAAAUCGUACGAAAAUUUAAGCAGAGAUGUUGAUGAAGUGGCACAAUUAGAUAUGGCCCUGGCCCUUCAAGACCAAAGGAUGCUUUUAGAAUCUCUCAAAGUCGCCACCAUGAUGUCAAAGGCGACUGAUAAAGUAUCAGAAACUAGAGAACAAAUUUCAGUGAAAUCAAGUGUCCCAGAAAUACCACAUGCUAACGGUCUGGUGUCUGUUGAUGAAGAAUCAUAUAAUGCACUCUAUCAAGCUACUGUAGAAACAACCAGAAGUUUGGCAGCUGCGUUAGAUAUCCUGAAUACAGCCACAAGAGACAUUGGCAUGCCAAGUAUAAAUCUUUCUGCCUCCCAAAAUGAAAUGGAUGAACAGCAAAAUCGCAGAGAAAGCUUACAGGGUGACAACUUAAAAGACCAGGAUCAUUUUUAUGAGGAAGAGAUAGGAGCAUUAGGUGGAAUUGACCACAACGAACUAAGCCAGAAUCCCCAACCUGAACCGAAUGGUUCAAGUGACUUUUUAUGUGACUUGGAUGCACCUUCUCAUGACCCUUCUGCACUUUGCAAUGGCUUUCCUUUGGAAAAUAUAUGCACACCGGUACAGAAUCAGAAUUUACAUGAUGAUUCGAAACAAAGUAACUUAACAAAUGGAGAGUGUGUGGCAUCAGAUGGUACUGCAGAACCUUCCAAUUCACUCUCAGUAGCAGCACAACUUAGGGACGUCAUGCCACCCAUUCCCUUGCCUAAUGGUGCGGUUCAGCAUAUCCUCCUGCCAGAGGAUGAGGAUGAAGAAGACUUGUAUUGGCGAAAAGUAGACUUAGGGGACUUGAGGAAUAUGGAUGCCUUAUCUUUCAGUCAUCCUCCUUCCUUCAAGUUUCUUUCCAAUUCAUGUUGGUCCAAACCAAAGGAAGAUAAGGCCGUGGAUACAUCAGACUUGGAGGUUGCAGAAGAUCCCAUGGGCCUCCAAGGAAUAGAUCUAAUCACAGCAGCCUUGCUGUUCUGCCUAGGAGAUUCUCCCGGUGGGAGGGGUAUAUCUGACAGUCGCAUGGUUGAUGUUUAUCGCAUUGACUUUGGGACGCAGACUUUCUCACUCCCAUCCGCCAUUCUCGCCACAAGUACAAUGGUCGGGGAAAUAGCUUCCGCUUCCGCUUGUGAUCAUGCCAACCCACAGCUUUCAAACCCAAGCCCUUUUCAGACCCUCGGGCUGGAUUUAGUUUUGGAAUGUGUUGCUAGGUACCAACCCAAACAGCGGUCAAUGUUUACAUUUGUUUGUGGACAGUUGUUUAGGAGAAAAGAAUUUUCUUCACAUUUUAAGAACGUGCAUGGUGACAUUCAUGCUGGACUCAAUGGCUGGAUGGAACAGAGGUGUCCUUUAGCUUAUUAUGGCUGUGCCUAUUCUCAACGUAGGUUUUGUCCAUCAACACAAGGAGCAAAGAUUAUACAUGACCGCCAUUUGAGGUCGUUUGGAGUUCAGCCGUGCAUUUCUACAGUAUUAGUGGAGCCUACUAGAAACUGUGUGCUGGGAUUACAUAGUGACCAUUUGAGCAGCCUUCCUUUUGAGGUUCUGCAGCACAUUGCCAGCUUUCUUGAUGGUUUCAGUUUAUGCCAGCUCUCAUGUGUGUCCAGGUUAAUGAGGGAUGUGUGUGGCAGUCUGCUUCAGUCUCGUGGAAUGGUUAUACUGCAGUGGGGGAAAAGGAAAUAUCCAGAUGGAAGUUCAUCAUGGCAGAUCAAAGAAAAGGUGUGGCGAUUCAGUACCGCGUUUUGUUCUGUAAAUGAGUGGAAGUUUGCUGACAUCUUAAGCAUGGCCGACCACCUGAAGAGAUGCAGUUACAACGUUGUGGAGAAGCGGGAGGAAGCCAUCCCGCUGCCCUGUAUGUGUGUGACACGGGAACUCACCAAGGAAGGCCGCUCGCUGCGCUCUGUUUUGAAACCUGUAGUUUAAAAGUUCGGCUUGUGCAGACAUGCCAACACCUAGUAUUUCUUCGUAAUCUGUGACAUUUUAUUAAUGUAUUAAAGACAGCAACUAGCUAAAUUUAUUGUCACUAUGUAUAUAAGGUUCUCAAGUGACAUCUAUUUUUGUAAAAUAAAUAUUGCCUAGUUAGGGGGGGAAAGUUGCCUUAAUGUUUGAAAUGUGUGACAUUUUUGGAACUUGCUGGACAGGGUGAUUGCAGUUUUAGUGAUACGAUUUUUGGAACUAAUCUUUUCAAUGGUGUGUGUAUGUUUUGGUUCUUAAAUUUUGGGGGCUUUCUAAACUGACAAGAUCCUGACCAAACAAUUUAUUCCUCACCUUUUCUGUGGGUUAGUAACCCAUAUGUGCAAACAGUGAAACUUUGAGUGACAUUGUGUUGCAGCUUAGAUUUUGAAGGUAAAAGCAGUCACAUGCUUUUCAACACUCUCUUAAGAUCACAAUCAAGUGUUGCUUCUUUUUUUUAAAUCGCUAGUGCUCCCCCUCUACAAUUGUUGGUACGCAGAUGAUUGCUAAUAUAUAUUCACAUCCUACUUAAGUCACUGGUAAUGCCAUUGAGUCGUGCUUGAAAAAGAUUCCACAAAGGUGUACCCAUCUUAGGUAUUUCUGACUGUCACACUGAGAGAGCCCACAUGCAGCUUGCUUUUUGGUUAGAUGCCACGUCCAAAAACUCGUGGCCACAGGUGGAAACAAAAAAGAAAUCCAUGGCUUGACUUUAUUUUGAAGCUGUUUCUGGUUUAUUGUAUUGCUAGGUCUCUGCUAUUUGGAGAAAAGUAAGUAACAUACCUCAUAUUAAGUUUGGAUUGAGUACAUUGUAUGAAUAUAUUGAAAAUAUUCAGAAUGUAAUAAAGGGCUUAACAGUAUUUUUCAUAAGUCUUUUAAAUGUUGCCUUUGAUAUUUAUUUUCAAAAAGAUCUUUGUGUUGUUCUAAUACAUUAACAAAUGUGAAAUCUGGUAUUAUCCUUGUAAGAUGACAAUCACAAAAUGCAGAAAUAGAUCUCAAUUGGCAAUCGCUUCAAACCAUGUCCAAGUAAGUUCCCUGAAAAAAAUAAUGAAUUGCAUCUUUGUAUCAAGAUCAAAGCAUAUAAUAGAAAAAAAUUUGAAGGGCUGUUCUUGAAGUAUUUUGUUCUAGCUUUAUGAGUUACACUCUUAUUAACCUGAUGUUAUUGGUUGUUUAAAACAAAACAAGUACAUCAGUAUUUAGAAUUAAAUGGCAAACAUAUGUCAAUACUAUGUUUUCAGGAACUCCUGGCAGUUGGUGGUUUGCCGCGAAGGCACAUUACCUUGUUAGAAAUGUCAGAACUAUAUUGUGCCUUCUCUUCCUACAGUUGUUCCUGAGGGUGCUAUGUGGUUCCCUGGGUCUGGAUGCCCAUAUAAGGCAAUCAGGCUAAGCCGAGCCCUUCCUUGGGCAUUAGAGAAGAAUUCUCAACUUCUUAAGACUUGUUUUGGUUGGAUCAAGUUCAUAGUACAGUUGAAAAACAUAGCAUUAAUGACUAAUCAGUUGUUUUGCCUCACGUUUUAAUUAGAAUACUUGCACGUACUUCUCAGUGCUUAAAGUUGUUUCUUUCAACUGUAAGGUUAAACUGCUUAAAGUUUCUCUUUUGAUGAAAAGGAUAGAAGGAAGUAAGAUGUCAAACAUUGAAGAAUACAAUUCUGCCUUUUAAAAGUUUUGCUGAAGAGUGUUUAGAAUAACACAAGCAUUAACUCUUUCAUUUUUAUGGUUGUGCAUUUUUAAAAUCCAUGAGUUUUCCAUGUAGACGUUUCUCCACUGGAUCAUGAGAUAGCUAACAUUUUGUGCACCUAUUUUCUGUUUCUUUGACACACAUUUGGCUGGUCUCACUGUUGUCUGUGAUGCCACCAGAUCACAUUAUUAAAAUGUUUUCUUUGUGCAACAUUUGUUCAUAUUCUAAUAAAUUUAAUGUUUUCUCGUG